AUGGCAUGAGCUUUAUAAUUAGAGACCAAGCUAGGUUUGCAAAGGAACUUCUUCCUCAGUACUUUAAGCACAACAAUAUGGCAAGUUUUAUUCGUCAACUAAAUAUGUAUGGUUUUAGGAAGGUUAUGAAUUAUGAAAAAAGUGGUCUACGAAAUGAAAAUGAUGAAAUGGAAUUCCAACAUUCAUUCUUUAUGAAAGAUCAAGAACAUCUUCUUGAACUCAUUAAAAGAAAGAUUCCAAAUACAAAAAUAGCUGAGCCUAUUGUUAAAGCAAAUACAAAAGAUAUUUUAACAGAUUUGACGUCAAUUAGAGAAAAGCAGGAAAAUAUGGACAAUAUGCUUAUCAAAAUGAAACAGGAAAAUGAACUUUUAUGGCGAGAAUUAACAAGUAUGAGACAAAAGCAUAAAGCCCAAGAACAUGUUAUUCAGAAGGUUAUACAAUUUCUUGUGUCAAUAGUACAAAGAAGUAAUCAGAAUAUUGGUGUACAAAGAAAAAUACCCCGAAUGCUUCAUGAUAGUCCAGGAAAUAAUGCAAAACAUUCACAAGUUACCCGCAGUAUUGAUGUUUUGCAGAAACCAGAUUGCAUUCUUACUGUUUCUCAAGAUAAAAUUGUUAAUCCUCUCGGCCCCGUUAUACAUGAAGUUACUGAUUUCGAUCAUGAUGAAGUCCAGAGCUCUGGUCCAUCACCUUCUAUCAAGUCUCCAGAAAGCAAAAGUGAAUUAGAAAAUGCUACAGAGAGUGAAUGUCCUUUAGAUUCAAGUCUUAAUAGCCCCAUGAACACAUCUGCCAUGGAGCCAUUGAGUAUACUUGAGCCUCUUCAGCCUCAGACACCAGCCCUCAGUGAUGAUUCUGAAUCAGUUUUGGGUAUUCCUUUGGAGUAUAUUACAGCAACAGAGCACAGUGAUGGAAAUUAUGUUACAAUAUCAAUUCCAGAAAGCAAAAUUGCUGACAAUGUCAUAUCAAUUCCAGAAGACAGUGUAUCUGAUGAUUCUGAGGCAAUAAAAGCUUCAGAACCUGGGACUUCUUUUACUUUAAAGCCUCAAAAUGUACUUGUUUAUUCAACACUACCAGAAACUGAAUAUGAAGAUCUAUUUCAGUCUGAAUCCUUACAAACUCCCCAAAUACCUACUAUUCACAUAGAAGAUACUCCCGAAAGUGCGCUUCCAAAGAAAUCUACAGAAAAAAUAGUAAAACAAACUGAAAAAAACCUAUGUUCUCAGCAAAAUACAGCAAACAAUGAACAUAAUUAUCAGUUAGCUGUUUCUGAACAUAAUUAUCAGUUAGAUACUUCAAAUGCAGUGAAAUCUUCAGCAUUAACAAAAAAUUCAUUAUCUAAUCAUGUGAUAAAUGUUGAAGAAGGUUUGAAUUCGCUUAAAGAUCUAAUGGCAUCUACUCCAUGGAAUUUUGAUCAUGAUAAUCUUCUUGCGGUAUGUCCUUCAUGGGAUUGUUGGAGUUCUCUUGAUUCUCAGCUCUUCUCAACUGAUGAUAUUGCUAAUAAUGAAUGUUUAGCGGGGCAGAUUGCGGUAAGUUAGAUAAUUACCUCAUUU